AUGCAUGGUGAUCAAAUGAGAACAAAAUAUGCUCGUCAUAUGUUAUCAACCGAUAUACAUUCACAAUUGAAUAUGCUCGCAUUGAUAUCACAACAGUGCAACAAUGCAAGAUUAAUCAAUAAUAAUAAUUCAUCACACUCUGUUUCAUCUUCCGAGUCUAUUUCGUCCUCUUCUUCAUCGAUAACCGAUUUGCAAGAUCCGAAAAAAGAUGGGAUUAACAAUCGAUUUUCAACAGAUAUUUCUAAUGAAACUCCUAAGAAAACUAUUAAUCGUUCAGGGAAUACAUUAGACAAUGUGAACAGAGUGAAUACAAAUAAAACCUCACUGCCACCACAUAGUUACUUAAUAACUCAAAGUGAUACGGGGAAAAGUACAACUUCAAUACUACAUCAAGAUUCGUCAAUAGUAGAUCAAAAAUCAUUUCCAUCAAUAUUACAACAACAUCAGCAACAAUACACUUAUACACCUUCUACUACAAAUACGUCAUCAACAAUCAUGUCAGCAACAAGUUCCCGAUCAAAUUCUGGUGAACGUGUUGUUAAAGUUGUGACAACAGCCGGUCCACAAAAUGUUGAUAAGGAAUUUUUACAACAAUUAUUGUCACGCAAGGAUGUUAUUCCCCAGCGUAAACGUCGGGAUUUCAUUCCAAAUGAAAUGAAAGAUGAUCACUAUUGGGAAAGAAGACGUAAGAAUAAUUUGGCUGCUAAGCGUUCAAGAGAAAAACGCCGACUUAACGAUAUUGUACUUGAAACGAAGGUGGUAGAGUUAACAAAUGAAAAUGAUGUACUACGGGCAAAAUUAAAUUUAAUGUUAACGAAAAUCAAUAUGAAAGAAAAUGAAAUGGAAUUAUUAUUCGAGGAAGAACAACGCCUUGGUAAUAUUUGUUUAAAACCAGCAACAUCGGCCACAGCUAUUAUGUCGCAAAUGUGUGAUAACACCGAUGAUAAUCAAUCAUUAAUUGAGAAUAGUAUAGCCACAACAAAAACAAAUACUAACAGUAAUAAAAAGACGACACGUUCAUUAUUCAAUUCAUCGUCAUCCGAAACGGCCUAUAGCCAUGAAGAUGACUACAGCAAUGACUCACAACAAUUUGUUGGUGAAGCAGAUAAUCAACGUGGUGGAGAAGAGGAAGAAGAAGAAAAAUUUAGUCACCACGAACAACAACAAUCCUCAAUGUCAGCACAUUGUCAGCAAUUACAAAAUGAUUUCCUGGCUCGUAUCAUGAAUCCUUAUACUGCUCAAUCUUCAUCAGCGACAACAACAACAUCAGCCACUGCUAAUCAAGUUUUAGCACUUGCAGCACGAACACAAUAUCCGCUAUUAUACAAUCAGUUAAUUGGUAUGAAUAUGAUGAAUAAUAUGUCAGCACCAUCAACCGGUAACACUGCAAUGGAUCUAUCGACAAACGAACAAAAACAGCAACCAACAAAAACAACAAAUCUUCUCUGUCCGGCCGAAAAACAUCUGCCAAAAGUUGCCAAUCGAAAACCGUUACAACUACCGAUACAAACAGCCUACAUCACGAAUCAUAACACACAGACAAACGAAUUGAAAACUGGAAAUUUACUAACAACAAAAAGUCCGUCUCCACUUACUCCGUCACCAUCACCUCCUCAUGAAUCUUUACUACAAGUUCUUGCUAAUCAAUUAAAACAAGCAAGUGUUUUUGCUCAAUCAACACCAACACUUCAGCCUCGUUUAUUAACCAUAGCGCCAAAAGAAGAACAUCAAAACAGUAAUUAUUAUGAAGAAGUAUCGAACGAUGACAUGGAUAAUAGUGAAGCAGUAAAUGGUGGCGGUAAAACGAAGAAUGCAUUGAAAAGAAGUUACAGUCACGUUGAUGAUGCAAAUAAUCAACAAAGUUCAAAAUUAGACGAAAGACAAGUAACAUCUCCCACUACUGAUAAUGUCAAUAAAUCAUCAUGGGAUGAUGCUGUUACCUUGUUAUCUCUAACAGGUAAUUAUCCACAAGAAAAACCUCCAACACCAACUCAACAACCAUCGAAUAACCUUCUUCAAUCUGUUAUAAAUGGUCUUCUGACAAAUCGUAAAAUAUCACAUGAACAGUCACCACAACGUGAAGAUGUCUCUUUUAAUAAUCAAGAUACUAUAACUUCAUUCAAUCAAUUACGUACAUUGAUCAAUUUUAUAUCUAAUAAUGAAAAUGGUAAACAGUCAGUUGGAGUAUUUAAUCAAGUAUUUCCUCAAAACAUGAACUCUAAUAAAUCAACAACGAUGAAUAAUAUUUCUGAAUCAAUGAAUGUCAUACCUUCAUCAACAAUCUCAGUAAGUCAUGAAAGACAAUUGAAUGAACGAACGACUGGUGAUGCCAUGCCUUUAAAAUUACGUUUAAAAAUGUUAAACGUAAAAAGUUAA